UGGGUCAGUCUUCGUCAAGUAUAUGAAGGUCUGGCUUGCUGAAAGCCAGUGUUAUAGAAACAGCCUAUGUCAAAGUCCCACAUACUAUAUAUCAUUGUAAGAUUUGGCGGCGGUACAAUUAUCAUUCUCUCUGCCGCAGGAUUUAUCAGCCAAAAUACUUCUCCAGAGGUAUCAUUAACACAAAACAAUUACAUUAGCUGUCAGCUUUUCCUAGCAUCUCAAGGGUGGAUCAGCUUUUGCGUCCUUUGGGCAGUUCAGCUCAUACUGCAGCUCCGACUCUAUGCUCUCUACAGUCGAUCUCAAAAAAUCCUAAUUGCAAUGGCGAUCGGGUUUACGACUGAGAUAAUGGUCAUGUCCGUAUUCUUCGCGAUAGGCACGGCAAAGGACACCAUUACAAAUGAGCCACUGCCAGGCAUCAGAGUCUGUGCCGUCACGCGAGCAGCGCCCGUGGUUGCGUAUGUAUGGCUGCCCGAUAUUGUUUUCGAAGCAUUUCUGUUCCUGCUUGCAGCCAGGAUUGGUUUCAAGCGCGGCAGAUUCGGCUUCAACAUCUUCCGCAUGGAGAGAAAAAGCCUUAUAAACGCUCUUCUGUACGGCAACGUCCAUUACUUUUUCUGCAUACUCGUUGCGAACGCUGUGAACGCGGGAAUCUGGCAAGGGUUAGGGCCUAGCUGGUUUGAAGUUCCAGAGGGGUUUGCGGCUGCCAUUGAAGUCACCCUUGGAUGUCGGAUGGUGCUGGACCUUAAAUCAGCAUUGUCCGAUUCUGAAGGCUUGCGUAUCUUGGACUCAUUCCCACUCAAAGAGAUUAUUUAUGCUAGAGCGGCUCCGUCAACAUUUUACUCCGCGGCCACCUACGAGCUCGGCGCUUCGCAAGGUCAACACCGACUCACUCAAGAAAUUGAAGCAGCGUCUCUAGCUAGUUCUGAGGAAAGCUCUCGAGCUCUCUCAAAGGGAGAUAACAAGACGUGUGUCUGAUGUGACAGUCUGUUUCCUACUCAGAGUCGGCUAGAUAUGCACCACUUUGAUAAAAGUUCAUGUUCAUAAUCCUCUUGAUAUAUCACUUUUUACAGUACGAGCGUCAAGGUCUUACUAUCAUUCCCUGUAAUAUGCAAAACUUUCAGUAAAACUUUUGUAG